UAUGGUAAAAUAAUAAAAAAUUCAAUAUAAUUAUUAUUCCUUUUCAAUCAGAUUCUAACAAUUCAAAAUUGAAUUAUUGUACGAUGAUGUAAAUAUUAAUAGUAAGACUUUAUCAAAAGCAAAUAAAAAUCCAAAUACUACUAUUUUAAUAAAUAUUUUAUUCAGUGUUAUUUUUAGAAAGAAAAAGAGAAAAAAGUUGUGGAAUUUUAAUAAAAAUUUCUAGAAUUAGUUCAAAUUUUUAUUUGAAACAACUAAGAAUCCCUCAAUCUUUAUUAAAGAAUUUACCAUUCAAAUAAGUGAUUUCAAAAAACCUCAAAACAUUUAGUACAUUAAAAGAGUUUGUGUAUUAAUACUUUAAAUAAUACAGAAAGAAGACUAGGGCAGACCUUUUGAUAAUAUAAACAGUAAUUUGAAACAUUUGUUACUGAUAUUCAUAAAUACUCAGACUAUUCAAUUAAUCAGAGAUUUUUUUGAAAGUUUGAUCUCAUCCACACAUAAAUUUGAUUAGUGAUA